AUGAGCAAAAACGGAGUUGUCAUCGGCCCCACCCUACCGCCUCAUCUGCGCCAUAAUAUACCCGAACAGUUGGAAACUGACAAUGACGAUCCGAAUCCGAAGGCCAAACAGUCAUAUAAUGACCACAUAAAAAGUGAUUCGGAAUCCGAUGAUGAGUUCGGCCCCGCGUUGCCUCCGCCAUUGUCAGAGUCUGGUGCAUCGAAACUAGAAGAAAGAUCUGAGGCGCAGAUAGCGGCGGAACCACAAGAAGCCGAUGGCCCAACAAUCGGUCCUAUAUUUUCCGACUUAGUUUCGGGAGAGCCGACAGCUAAAAGACCGAAAAUGGUGCGAAAAGACGUCAGCGAGAAAAAAGUGCAAAGAGAGGAAUGGAUGACUUUGGUUCCAGAAGUUUUGACCAAAAAUUUUGGUAGCGGUCCCCGAAAAUUUGACACUUCAUCUCGUAGUAAAAUUCCAAUCGACGCCGACGAAGCCGAGCGAGGGUCACGUGAUUUCGAACAGGAACGAAUUGCGAGAGAGUUGUCGGAUAAACGAAAAGCGUCCUCGCUUCUUGACGAGCACCGAAAAAUCGAGAAUGAAAAGGCAGAAAAACAGAAGGACGAAAAAUUAGAAAGAGUUCCAUUUAACCGCGAAAGAGAUAUGAAAACGCGGUUAUUAGACUCAGACGCAAAAAAUAAACUGAUCAAAAACUGUCAAGCCUUUUCCUCAAAGUUUUCAAGCAGCAAAACUAGCAAGUAUCUGUAA